AUGCAACUUAAAUGGGGUAUCAUUGGAACAGGUCGUAUUUGUCAAGACUUUUGUCUUGCAUUAUUGACUUGUGAUCCUCAUGAACAUGUUAUUGUUGCUGUUAGUUCUCGAGAUAAAAGAAAAGCUGACAAUUUUGUUAAAGAAUUUGGUCUUGAAAAUCACGUUCGUACAUAUGGUACACAAGAAGAAUUAUUUCAAGAUCCAAAUGUUGAUAUUGCUUAUAUUGGAACAAUAGAACAUGUUCAUCGAGAUUUAUGUAUUAAAGCAUUAACUCAUAAUAAACAUGUUUUAUGUGAAAAACCAUUAGCAAUGAAUGCAGAUGAAGUUCAACAAAUAAUUGAUACAGCAAGAAAAACAAAUAAAUUUAUGAUGGAAGCAAUGUGGUCACGAUUUUUUCCUAUCUAUAAUUAUUUACGUGAUGCUAUUAAACAAAUUGGAACAGUUACUUUUGUUGAAAGUACAUACUGUACUAGCGGUCUAAUUUCUAAUGGUUGUUGGAGUAUACUUAUGACUAUUGGCUGUUAUGGUGUGCAAGCAGCUUUACUUGCUUUUAAUCAUGAAGAACCAGAAUCAGUUACAGCUACAGGUCAUACAAGAGAAUUUCAAGGUGAAAUAACUGAUGCAAUGGCUAGUAUAACAUUAUUAUUUAAAAAUAAUUGUAUGGCUGUUCUUAAUUUUCUUGGCGAAAAUAUUGGAACAAUUAAUUCAUUAACAAUUCAUGGAACAGAAGGUGUUGUGAGUAUUCCGAUGUAUUUUAAAUGUCCAACACGAAUUGUAUUACCAAAUGGUCACCAUGUUGAUCAUCAUUUACCUGAAACAAUUAAAAAAACAAAUUUUGUGAAUUCAGUUGGUCUUCUUUAUGAAGCUAUUGCAUGUCGUGAUCAAAUUAUGAGUGGAAAAACUGAACAUCCAUUAAUGACACUUGAAAAUUCAUUACAAAUAGCUCGAAUUAUUGAACAAGCUCGAAAACAAAUUCUUUCAUCCAAACAUUAA